AUGCUGUACCUGCCUUUCCUAGUAGCUUCAGCUCUCAUUGUACCUGGGACCAUCGCCCACGGCACCAACGACCAGGUCCUAGCUGACCUCGACUACGGGACCUUCCAAAACCCCUCGAACCUCGUGCGGCCGCGCUUCCGGUACUGGGUCAACGAUGCAUCUGUCAGCCCCAGCACCGUGGAACAAGACCUGACAGAUAUCGCGAAGUCCGGUGCCGGAGGCCUCGAACUGCUGGGAUACUACAACUAUGGUGAUUCUGACAACUUCGGGGGCGGGUUGCAGGCGCCGCUGCAGGCGGACUGGACGGAGUACGGGUUCGGCAGUCCGGCCUGGAAGAACCUCUCCCUCACUGUGCUGCGGACAGCGAAAGAGCUCGGACUCGUGGUCGACUUCGCUGUCGGCCCCAACCAAGGGGCCGGGGUCCCGACGCCAUAUCACGAUGAAGGUCUCCUGUGGGAUUUAGCUGCACAUAAUGCCACUUUCUCAACUACUGAUGGCUUUGAGGGAGGACUACCAGGCUGGGGUACGGGGCAGUUAGUCGCCGCGGUGACGGGGUCGGUCAAGUCAUCCAGUGGCAGCGUAAAAGUCCUAGCCACGGACUCCCUGCGUGACGUCACAGGCUCCGUCAGCAGGAACGGACACGUUCAAAUCUCAUCUUCGCAGUCGUCUACUACAACGGAGAGUCACCUCUUUGCGUACUACCUUGUGCACGCGGAUUACCGGGAGGUCCAGAGUCCCGCCGACGUGCCCGUGGCAGUCCCGCAAUCCCCCAUCAAGACGUGGUCGGAGAACGGCUCCUGGGUGGUGGACCAUUUUUCAGUCAAGGGUGCUCAGCUCAUGGCCUCCUUCUGGCAGCAGUCACUGCUGGAUGAGGAGAUGCGUGAGCUCCUCCACGAGGUAGGCAACUACAUGUGGGAGGAUAGCCAAGAAUACAAGGCCGCCACCUGGUGGACGCCCCACCUUCCGCAGGCCUUUCAGGCGAGUCGCGGGUACAAUAUUGUCAAGUAUCUUCCCAUUGUGGUGGGCUCGGGCGUGCAGUCCUCGAAUGUGACUUAUGUCACGGAUGAAGCAGACGAAGGAAAAAGCCAUGUGCAAGAUUACGAGCAGACCUUGACGGAACUUAACGCCGAAUACCUGAGAGCAUUGACUGAGUGGUCCAACGGCCUGGGUGUCCAAUGGUCCUCCCAGGUGGUCUACAACAUGCCCAUGGACAUGCUCGCCAAUAUCCCCGCCGUCAACGGCCCAGAAACCGAGACCUUGGGGUUUAACAACUUGCUGGAUGGGUACCGACAAUUCGCGGGCCCGGCACACCUCGCCGGGAAGCGGAUUGUCUCCAGCGAAGCGGGGGCGAUCAUGGGAUCCGUGUACCAGGAGACCAUCGACGAGCUUCUCUGGGGUCUGAAGCGGUCCUUGGCGGGGUCGGUCAACAACUUCAUCCUGCAUGGGUGGCCCAUGGGCGGAAAUUAUGGCAACACUACCUGGCCGGGUUUCACAACCUUUGCGUACCUGUUCUCGGAGAUGCAUGGGCCCCGGCAACCUGCAUUCGAAUUCUACUCGGACUGGGUUGACUAUGUAGCGAGGAAUCAGUGGGUGGCGCAGAUCGGGAUCCCCAAGGUGGAUAUUGCGUUCUGGGCGAAGAAUACCACUGGAUAUGAGUCAAUUGCGACGUUGUAUGCGGCGAGUGAUCUUGAGGAUGCCGGUUACACUUAUGAAUACCUAAGCCCCGAUAACUUCAACCUCCCGGAGGCAUAUGUCGCCAGCGGCAUCUUAGCGCCGAACCGACAGGCUUUCAAGGCUCUGGUUGUGCGGGCGAACGAGACAUUGACUGUGAAUGGCGUGGUCAAACUGGUCGAAUACGCUCAUGAAGGUCUCCCGAUUGUCUUUCCAGGCGGCUUGCCUUCUACCUUCAGUGGAUACGAUCCUAAGGGACAGGCGCAGGCGCUAAAUCUCCUCCAGAACAUCACCUCCCUCCCCAACGUCCACCUCGUAUCCGACAAGAAUCUCGCCCAGACCCUCCAGUUCCUCAAUCUCUAUCCCCGGACAGCCAUCGCAACCAACAGCACAGUUCACACCACUUGGCGCUACGACCCCACCACCAAAGCCUCCUAUAUCUACAUCUUCAACGACGCCGCCGGCCAACCCGUCAACAGCAGCACCACCGCAAGCGGGACCAUCACCUUCGCAACAACCGGCACACCACACCUGUAUGACGCCUGGACGGGCACCAUCUCCACAAUAGCCGUCUACAACCAAAGCUCCACGCACACGACCAUCCCCAUCGACCUAGGAGGCAACCAAACCAUCAUCAUCAGCUUCCACCACACUCCCAACCCCAACACACCACCACCGCACAUCCCAAUCGCAAACACGCAUACAACCACUUUCCCCGAAGCAACAAUCUCAACCAAGCACAACCAAACAACCCUAACCCUCAAACGCACCUACUCCACCUCCCCCCUCACCCUCCCGCUCUCCGCAAGCAGCAACAAAACCCUCACUCUAAACCCCAUACUCACGCCCCCCAUCCAGCUAAAAAACUGGACCUUAACCCUCGAAUCCUGGACCCCACCCUCCGACAUCAACAAUAUCACCCCCGGCGCGACCCGCACAAACACCACCUACCCCCACCUCGACACCCUACGCCCAUGGUCCAGCCUCAACCCCGCCCUCCAAAACGUCUCAGGAAUAGGCUACUACGCCACGACCUUCACUCUCUCCCCAAGGCAUACACAGCAAGGCGGGGGCGGCGCGAUCCUCGACCUCGGCAGAAUCUCGCACGCGGUCCGGGUGAAGGUGAACGGGCACGCGAUCGGGCCGGUGGAUCUGAGCGCGGCCCGAAAGGAUAUCGGGGCGUGGGUCAGAGCCGGCCAGAAUACGGUGGAGGUGGUCGUGGCGAGUCCGUUGGGGAAUGUGUUGCGGGCGUAUUGGGGGGUGGUUGGGAGUGGGGGAAAGGGGGCGGCAGUGACGGGGGCGCUGCCGGGGGUGGCGGAGUAUGGGUUGGUUGGGGAGGGGUGGGUGGUGCCCCGGGUGGGAAAGCCGAGCAUCUGA